AUGAUCCCACCAGAAGUUGUCAAUUGGAGUAUCUUAAAUGAAAUAAUAUCAAUGGAUGAAGAUGAUCCAGGUUUUUCCAAGAGUUUAAUAAUUCAGUUUUUUGACCAAGCAAUUACGACUUUCGAUGAAAUGGAAAAACAAUUGACUACCACACAAAACUUGGCUGAAUUAGAUAAUCUUGGUCAUUUUCUAAAGGGAUCCUCAGCAGCUUUAGGUUUACAAAGGAUUGCAUGGGUCUGUGAGCGCAUUCAAAACCUCGGUAGAAGAUCAGAAAGCACAUUUCCUGAGAAAGAAAUCCUACUGAGCACGGUAGCAGAGAGUGUAGAUAUUGAUACAGUACAAGAUUCUGCAUCUGUGGCGGCCAAUUUCACUGGGGAUGACUCGGCCUACUUGAACGCCAUUGCUAAGGCAUUGACGCAGGCGAGAGUUGAAUUCAAACUGGCGAGAAAAGAAUUAUGUAAAUAUUACGGUGAGGAGUUUUAA